AUGUCUUCACCACGCCCUUCAUCGCCCGUCAACUCUCCCUCAACCGGCUCGACUACUGCUCGUCCUGCGUCCCCAAAGCCACCGGGUGGUCCAGCGACCGCGAUCAGGAGAAAGGCUGCGGCAGACCGGGCAGACAAGGUUGCCAAUGCGCGCCCAUCGAGCACUCGCGCUGCAGGAGCUGGUGGAAGCAGCAGCACUAUGCUGAGACUCUACACGGAUGAAUCACCUGGCCUCAAGGUUGAUCCCUUUGUGGUGAUGGUUCUGUCGAUUGGAUUCAUUAUCAGUGUGGUUGCUCUUCACAUCAUUGCCAAAUUCACCAAGCGAUUCUCCUCGUAG